GACGACGACAGGCUGCAGCCAACCGACCGCAGAGUCAGUCAUUCAUUCGAGCGCGACCAUAUAGCAAUGACCUCGAGUCAAUCACUUCGAUUUCUACUAAUAAAUUUAUUCGUCUUUUCUGUUGUUUCUGCACGAAUCUUGCCAUGUUUGGAUGAUUGCAUAUGUGAAGAAAAUGAGCAGAGCCCCCUAAUUCGUUGUGAAAAUGGUGACAGAAAAAGGAUAGAGAUUCCCAGCCGGGAACUGAACGGAUACCAGUACAUCGCCUUCACAUGUAACGAUUUGAGAGAGCUGCCUCCAAUUGGGCUACUCAAAGCAGCUUUUCCUAGUCUUCAGGGAAUCGACAUACAAGGAAAUCCUCUGUUCAACUGCUCCUCUCUCGGUAACAUCAGAGAAGAGAUAGCCAUUCUCACGGAUUGCGAUCCGGACACAAAACCCAUAAAAUGUGACGUCAUUGAUAAGGAAUGCGACUGGAAAUGUAAAACGCUCAACAAACUUCGCGAGUUGUGGCGUAAAGUGAAAUCGACUUUCAUGUCGAAGGUGAAAGAAUGGGGAGCGGAACAGACGAUGAACGAGAUCUCAGACUGGUUCACAAGCACCUACCGUAAAAUUGCCGACACGCUGACUCAUUAGCCAGCUAGUUUGGUACUUCAACAGAUGUAUAAUAUUGUAUUUUACUCCAUAUUCUUUCAUUCAAUGCUAUACGGUGCAGUAUGCCGUAAAUUUAAGUGUGUUCAUUACUAUGUGUGUUUAUGACGAGAGUGGUUAUGUAUCUUCUCUACAAUUUAUACGAUUUUUGUGCAUGUACAGGUAUCAGAACUGCUCGCAGUAUUCAACACAUUUGUUGAUCAUUGUCAUGGAAUUUACGAUCAAUAAUAUAUUGAAAUAAAUAGAUAUAGAGAAUCAAU